GUUAAAAGUCUGAAAAACCAUGUUUGAGAUAAUUUUAUCAUUACAUAACACCAUACAAUAGGGAUUGACAUUGAAUCAAGAAAUGAUAGUAGAUAAUUAGAUAUGUAAGUUAUCCGUAUGAAACGAACAAAUCGGAGUAUUUUUAAACAAAAUAAAAAUAGAAUCAGAAGAUAUCCAUUUCAUGAUUCUAACAAACUUAUCCGAAUGACAACAGAAAAAAUUUAUUUCAAAACCUCUGUAUCUCUAUCCGUAUCGGGAGUCAUCAUUAAAGUCUCUACUUAAACCUUCGAUUCUGAUUAAACCUCUAACAACGUUUGAAACCCAUUUUACAUCAUCGUAAUCUUAAUUAGCUCUAAACCCGCUUAAUUCAGCUGCUGUGAUGGGGGAUUAUACUCUGCCUGACGGAUCACUCUUCCUCGGCAUCGACAGCUCUACCCAGUCGUUGAAAGCAACUGUAUUAGAUACAAGUUUCAACAUUGUUGCCUCGGAGAUUGUGAAUUUUGAUUCUGAACUGCCCCAUUACAAAACCAAGGAUGGUGUGUAUAGGGAUUCAUCAGUGACUGGUAGGAUCGUUUCCCCCACUUUGAUGUGGGUGGAAGCAUUGGAGCUUGUGUUUUCUAGGUUUCAGAAAUCCAAUUUGGAUUUCGGAAAGAUUGCUGCUGUUUCUGGUAGUGGACAGCAACAUGGUAGUGUGUAUUGGAAAAAUGGGAGCAGGGCAAUUUUGACAUCAUUGGAUUCCAAGAAGCCUUUGGUCGAACAGUUGGGAAAUGCAUUUUCGACUAAAGAAUCGCCUGUGUGGAUGGAUAGUAGCACCACUGAGCAGGUGAAGGACAUUGAGAAAGCAGUGGGUGGUGCAAUGGAGCUGUCGAAGCUGACUGGCUCACGUGGCUGUGAAAGGUAUACGGGACCUCAAAUUCGCCGGAUUUACCAAACGAAACCAGAAGUUUAUGAGAACACUGAGAGGAUCUCUCUUGUUAGCUCCUUCAUGGCUUCACUGCUCAUUGGGGACUAUGCUUGUAUUGAUCAUACCGAUGGAGCCGGGAUGAAUUUGUUGGACAUUAAAAAGAAAGACUGGUCGAAGGUUGCUCUUGAGGCCACAGCACCAGGUUUGGAGGCCAAACUAGGAAAAUUAGCCCCUGCACAUGCUGUUGCUGGGCAUAUUGCCCCUUUCUUUGUGGAGAGGUACCAUUUUGACAAGAACUGUUUGAUUGUUCAAUGGUCUGGUGAUAAUCCUAACAGCCUAGCAGGGUUGACACUCAAUACUCCAGGAGACCUUGCGAUUAGUCUUGGUACCAGUGACACCGUCUUUGCCAUUACCAAUGAACACAAUCCAAGCUUGGAAGGACACGUUUUUCCGAAUCCAGUGGAUACAGAAGGCUACAUGGUGAUGUUGUGUUAUAAGAAUGGGUCUUUGACACGUGAAGAUAUACGCAAUCAAUUUGCGGAUGGGUCCUGGGAAGUCUUUAACAAAUAUCUGCAACAAACACAACCUCUCAACGGUGGAAAGCUCGGCUUUUACUACAAGGAGCUUGAGAUACUUCCUCCCCUUCCAAUUGGUUACCACCGGUACAUUCUUGAGGGUUUUAAUGGUGAUUCUCUUGAAGGAAUAAAGGAAAAAGAAGUUCCAAAGUUUGAUGGUCCAUCUGAGGUCAGAGCAUUGGUUGAGGGACAGUUUCUCUCCAUGAGGGCUCAUGGUGAGCGAUUUGGAAUGCCUUUUCCUGCAAAACGUAUCAUUGCAACUGGGGGAGCUUCAGCGAAUGAAAGCAUUCUGAGCUCGAUAGCUGCCAUUUUUGGGUCAAAUGUUUAUACUGUCCAAAGGCCUGAUUCUGCUUCUCUUGGGGCUGCAUUAAGGGCUGCCCACGGUUGGUUAUGCAACAAGAAGGGUGCCUUUUUACCUAUCUCACCCAUGUACAUGGACAAACUGGAGAAGUCCGCACUAAACUGCAAACUUGCUGUGAAUGCUGGAAACAAAGAACUUCUCAGCAAGUAUACUUUUCUGAUGAAGAAGAGAAUCGAAAUCGAAAAUAAUCUUGUCCAGAAGCUUGGGCGUCUUUAAAUUUCAAGCUCUUAAGGCAUCAGUUGAUGGAUAAGCUCUUGAGGAAAUUUUUUUUUCUUUUUUCUUUUCCCCCAUUUUUUAUUGAAAAGUAGUAGCCAGGCACUCCUCAUUUGCAUCAGCUACCAUCUGUUAAUAAUAAUCUUUUCUUUUAAGUUCCAUAUGAAGUAAUUUUCAACCUUUUGUUGUCUCUGUGUUCAAUUUUUUUUUUUUUUUUGGUAAAGAGCAAAUCUUGAAACCAGUCUUUUGUUUUCU